AUGAGAGCUUUCCCCGCCCUCCUCUUGCCCUGUGGGUAUAUAAAUGCAGCUGUCUGCACACCCAGUCAGCAGAAGCUUCCUCAGCGAAGACACCAGGGGACCAGCCAGGAGAGAGACAGAAGCAACUCCAGACCCCCCCGGAAAUAACAUCUCAGACGACACACCCCCAGAAAGCAGCCAGGCGAUUCUCUCCCUCUCACACACGCUGCCUUAGGGCUCUACCAUCACCCAGCUGGACUUGAGCCCCCUGGGAAGAACGCCAUGAGCACUGAAAGCAUGAUCCGGGACGUGGAGCUGGCCGAGGAGGCACUCCCCAAGAAGGCAGGGGGCCCCCAGGGCUCCAGAAGGUGCUUGUGCCUCAGCCUCUUCUCCUUCCUCCUCGUCGCAGGAGCCACCACACUCUUCUGCCUGCUGCACUUUGGAGUGAUCGGCCCCCAGAGGGAAGAGCUCCCACAUGGCCUGCAACUAAUCAACCCUCUGCCCCAGACACUCAGAUCAUCUUCUCGAACUCCGAGUGACAAGCCAGUAGCCCAUGUAGUAGCAAACCCCGAAGCUGAAGGGCAACUCCAGUGGCUGAGCCGGCGUGCCAAUGCCCUCCUGGCCAAUGGCGUGGAGCUGACAGACAACCAGCUGAAGGUGCCCUCAGACGGGCUGUACCUCAUCUACUCCCAGGUCCUCUUCACGGGCCAAGGAUGUCCUUCCACACAUGUGCUCCUCACCCACACCAUCAGCCGCUUUGCCGUUUCCUACCAGACCAAGGUCAACCUCCUCUCUGCCAUCAAGAGCCCUUGCCAGAGGGAGACCCCAGAGGGGGCUGAGGCCAAGCCCUGGUAUGAGCCCAUCUACCUGGGAGGGGUCUUCCAACUGGAGAAGGGUGAUCGACUCAGCGCUGAGAUCAAUCUGCCUGACUAUCUUGACUUUGCCGAGUCUGGGCAAGUCUACUUUGGAAUCAUUGCCCUGUGA